UUUUUUUUUUUUCAAUAGAAAUAAGCGCGUUGUCAUAUUUAAUUUUGACUCUGAAAGCAAUCAGCUAAAUUCGAUAAUGAGCUACGAAAAUAGAGGAUACAGAUCCCAUCACGAAGGUGGGGGUAAUCGUUAUAAAGGUAGUGGAGGUGGCCCUUCCCGUUACAGAGAUAAUAGAAGAAGUAAUUACGGUGGCAAUUACCAGCGUCGUCCUUACGAUCGUCCUCCUCCUCCUCCUCCUCAAGAAAAUAGAGAAGAUGAACUCGAAGAUAUAGAGAUUCGUUUAAAAGGUUUGAUUAUUAAGAUCGGUGAUAAGAUUACACCUGAUUUACAAAUCAAUUUGACAAAAAUGAAAAAUAUUCUGGACAAUGACUAUUCGAAAUAUCCAACAACUGUUCAAGAUACUUUAACAGCAUGCAUCACAGAACUUCCUUCAAAAGCUCCAGUUUAUGGUACUUUAUUAGGCUUGUUGAAUAUUUCAAGUCAUGAUAUUGUCGCCAAAUUGAUGGCAGAAUUCAACAAAACUUUAGAAGAAGCCAUCUCGGGAUCAAACUGGUUUAAGGUCAAGCAGUUUUUGAGAUUUUAUGGAGAACUUGUCAAUUCAAAUGUCAUUUUACCUACUAUGUAUUGUGGUCUUCUUAAUGAUUUAUUAACUGUCUUGGAUCAGCCUAAUCAACCUCGUCGACGUUUAGAUUGUAUCGUUUAUAUUAUCUUGACAACUCUUCCUUGGUGUGCAGGCGAAAUUAGUGAACGUAAUUUUUCUGAAUUGGAUCAAAUCUUGAAAAAAAUUGAAAUUUAUAUGCAGCGUAGAGGAAACAUCCCUACUUUGAACAUUUUGAAACAAUACAAUGGAACUAAGCUUGAUCCUAAGCAAGACGAUCGAUUAUCUCACAUUUGGGCACUUAUUCAAGAAUUAAAGGAAAAGUCUUGGGACCUUCCACUUCUUCCUAAACCUCAUCGUUGGUUUGAUAAAGAAUUUACUUCAGCUCUUCAACAUGAUUUGCCUCGAUUUAUUGUACCAGCUCAUACUGAUAAUGUUGUUUAUAUUGCCCCUAUCUCACCCAUGAAACUUUUAGUAGAUGAAGAGGGGAAUUCAUUACCUAAUAUUCCAGAUCAUAACAGUAUUGAAUAUUUUAUUUUACAAGAUAUUAUCUUUGAUAUUCUGCAUCUUUAUGAAGUCAAUCGUAAAGACUGUGCUCGUUAUCUUUUAGCUAUUUCUACAAGCUUUGAUUCUAACUUUUUCAAGUUGCCACUCCCAUCUCCACCUUCUAAUGAUAGUAAAGCAGAAUUUAUGGAUGAAGACGAUGAGCCUGGAAAAUGGAAUUUAUCAAAUAUUUUAGUCGAGGCUAUAUUUUCUCAUUUGUUAGCUCUUCCUAAAUCACCUGUUCGUCAAGUAUUCUAUUCAUGUGUUUUCAUUGAACUCUGUCGAGCUGAGACUUCCACAUUCCCUAAAGCUUUGGGUAGCAGUGUUAAAACACUUUUUAAUCGCUUAGCAGAUAUGGAUACAGAAUGCGUUUCUCGUCUCUGGAAUUGGUUCUCUCAUCAUUUAAGUAAUUUUGGGUUCCAAUGGGAUUGGAAAGCCUGGAUGGAUGUAUUAUCAUUAGAUCCUAAUCAUCCUCAAGUAUGCUUUAUUCGUGAAACUUUAGAAAAGGAAAUUCGUCUCAGUUAUUAUGACCGUAUCAAAUCUGUUAUCCCUGAAGAAUUUCAUAGUUUAGUUCCUUCCGUAGCACCUGCACCUAACUUUGCAUAUAGCGAUGAAAAGGAUCCUUUAUAUGCUCAAGCUAAAGCUAUUAUUGAUGCACUUCGAUCUAAAAAAACAGUAGAAGAAAUUCAAACUAUGCUUGAAAAAUAUAAGAAUGUAAUGAAAUCAGAUGGUCUUGAUGAACAACAACAGAAUCAAUCAGUUCGACACAUAUUUGUUCAGUGUUUAUUAUUAGUAGGUUCCAAGAGUUUCUCUCAUAUCUUGAAUGUGGUUGAAAGAUACUUGGAUAUUUUAAGAUUACUGAACUCUACACCUGAAAGUCGUCUUCAUACAAUCCAAAUUGUGGCAUCAUUUUGGAAAAAUAACACACAGUUUUUAGGUAUUCUUCUAGAUAAAUUAUUAAACUAUCGUGUUAUUGAUCCUACAUCAGUCAUUACUUGGAUAUUUGAAGAAGAUCAGUUACAAUUCUCUGGAAGAGCUUUUAUUUGGGAGAUUUUAAAGAACACAUUAAGUAAAGUUAAUUCUCGUGUUGUACAAGUUCGAGCCAAAUUAGAGAACUUCCAAGAACUUCAUAAUGCAAAUAAGCUUAAACGUGCUGAAUCAGAGAAUAAUGAAUUGGCAGAAGCAGAAGAACAACAGGAGCUUGAUUCACUACGUAUCGUUGAGAAUUCUCUUUCAACUGUUAUGAGAGAACAGAAGGAAGUCUUUAUGACUGUCUGUCAAAAGUUUUCUCAAACUCUUGAACAUCUUAUAAAUACAACAAUUGAUCCCGAAUCAAACUGGACUUAUAAAUGGAUAAUAGGUUGGUUUAAAGAAAUCCUUCGUAUGAACUUUAAAGAGUGCGGUAACUUUAUGGCAACACUUGAAGCAUUGGUGUUUACUCCCGAUCUGGAUAAACGUAUUAAUGAUGUAUUUAAUCAAGUUAAGGUUCUUAAACAAGAAUAUGAUGCUUUAGUGUAAAGAAGAUAUAAUUUCUAUAUAUUAUAAAUUAGUGCCUUAAAUAAAUAAAUAUUAUUUCUUUUUUUUUG